CACCCCCCCCCCCACAUAUAUCCUGUAUGCAUAGGAUAUCCCAGUUCUUGUAUGCAUAAAUAAAUAAAUCUUAAAAAAAAAAAAGAGAGAGAGAGAAUCCUGAAACCAGUGCUGGCCCAGUAUGCUCAAAUUUUGCAUAAAAGCAACUAUUAUCAUUGUUAUUUGAUGGCAGCUCUGUAGGGGCAGCAGAAUGUCAGGGACAUGGUGACACUCAACAUCAUGCAGAUCAUGCUCGAAUCCAGUCAGUGCCUUCCCACUGACCUUGAAACAAAUCUAAAUGCUCUCCCACAGUCUGUAAGGCCCUAUGUGAUCUAAUCGGGGGUCACUUCUUCCACCUUAUCUCAUACCCCUCGCCUCCUUGCUCUUUGUUUUCCAUCUGCACUCUUUUCUGUUUCUCAGUAAUGCCAGGCUCUUUGUCACCUCUAGGGCUCUGCAUGUCCCUCUUCCUCUGCCUAAACCACUCUGCCCCCAGACCCUUUCCCUCCUCAUGUCAAAUGCUAUCUUCUCUUACCUUUUCAGGUUAAAAUUGCUCCCUCCCCCAGAGACUAUCUCAUAACACUGUUUCAUUUUCUUCAUCACACUUACUGUUAUCAGAAAUUACCUUGUUUCCUUGUUUAUCCUCUGUCUCCUCCUAAAACAUAAGCUUCAGAAGGCAGAGAGCUUAUCAGGGGUGUCCUCCUCUGCAUACUUAGAUUUAGAAUGAUGCCUACGGUAUAGUAGGUGUUCAAUAAAUAUUUGGUGAGUGGAUGAAUGAACAAAGGCUGCCAAGACUGUAGGACAAAGUUGAGUGGGCCCUCCCUGGGGAUGCUCCAGACCUGUGUGGGGCGUGGGAGGUAGUUGCUGGAAACUUUUUGUACUGUUCACUAGGAUUCUCCUGGGUCUCCCAGGCCAGAUUGGAUUUUGAAGCUAGGCCCCUGAGCCUGAGCAGCUUUGUAACUAAAGUUGAGAAUACAGGUGAUUAGCAACCAGCACCAUAAUCACCUACCAAUCAGGGUAUGGGGACAGUGUCCUGGAGGGCCCCAUCUGGAACAGGUGGGGCCCUCCAGCACCCUUUAGUAGCUGGAUCAUAGGAAGGCUGUGGUAGGGGCUGCACUGUGGGUGAGUAUCUGUUUAGCAGCAGGAGCAGAAGUAUUGCAGUGUUCUAAUCACCAGUGCCUCAGUCACAUGGGUGAUGUGGGUAAGCUUGAAAAGACCAGGAUGGUGUGGUUUCAGAACCCGAAUUCCAAAGCAGCUAAGCUGCUGGUUGUGUUUUUGUGGCUAUCUAGGUUACUGAUCCUCCCUUUCCUGCCCCCCACCCUCCCCCUCCCACCAAGCACACAUACUUCUACAAAUCAGGUGAAAGGAGCAGAGGGCCCAAGGUUGAGAGUUAAUCAGAGGCAGGGUGGGAACCUCAAGGUAGCUGAUAAGAACUCACAUGUCUGUCUGAGACAGGGCAGGAAAGUCAUAUUUUAGCUCCUGCAAGCCUUAGAGCCUUUCUUGGUCAAGGAUGGGGUGUAUUCAGUCAUAUUUCCCUUGCCCUUCCCGCAGUUGCUGAUCUCAAUUCCCAGGGUCUCAGGGGUGGGUUCCAGCAAGUCCCCUCUAGCUGGCAGGUCAGGCCCAGGCAGGUGAGGACACGUUGGGAGACACCCUUGUUGACAGGUGGUGGGCGAACUUUCCUUUGCUGCCACCUCCAGCAUUCUCCCCAUUGCCACCCCCAAUUCUCCACACCCCCCAAGGAUUCCCUGGAAGCUGAAGUGACUCAGGGAUUCCAAAACUAGUCACCCCAGGAGGAAACCCCUCUGGAAAAUGUUUCUCAUCACAGGGAGUCACCCUAAGGAAUCCCAGAGAACUGCUAUUGAGAUAAGAGCAGAGCCUGGCGGGGGCGGUGACGGGGAACCCGGGAGGGUGGCUGAGGUGUGUGGCUCAAGAUACAGGUUACUGGUUCAGGCCUGCUUGGCACAGGGUGGAUAAGGCCAAUCCUUUGGAUGCCUAUGUGCUUGGAGGGCACCUUCCCUCUGCUUUUCAGGAGUUUCCUCAAAGGAGGUCCUAGUACAGAAGCAGGGUGACAACCAGAAGCCACUCCUGAAAGACCCUGUCCUGGAAAACCCAGUCUGGGUCCCCAGCAGCAUCAGCAAGUGAAAAAAAUAGCCUGGAUCUCUUCCAGCUCUUUCUAGCACCACCUCCUUGGGGGGUGCUCGGAGCCAAGAUCAAGAGAUAUGGCCAAAGUCAUUCUUCAGUUCUGCUCCCUGGACCCUGAGGCUCUGAUAGUUUAGCGAGAUACCCAUAAGGAUCCAGUUCUUCUACAAGAGCACUAACAUCAUUUCUGGGCUUGGGGGUUUCUCAGGAACACUACAAGCCACUACAGGGGACACGUGCCAGAGCAAAGGCUGGGGAAAAGGAAGCUAGAGCAAUGGAUCCCAGCCAACAGGGCUAAUAUCUAACUAAGUGGGCAGGAAUGCCCUGUGACCUGGGGCUGGUUCAGAUGAGACCUGUCCCAGUCUAGUAAGAAAGCAUUUACUGCAGGAGCUUCCCUUCCAUUUGCAGACAAGCUGACUCUGUGCCAGGUGCUUAGAUUCGAGUUGGUCAGGGCUAGAGUGGAAAACCAGAUCUGCUGCUUCCUGGGGUAUAUAACUAUUUUCUUUGGGUCUUAGUUUCCUAUCUGUAACAUGGGGAUGUCAGUUUCAUUCUCACAAUUUUAUUGUAAGGAUGAAAUGAACUGACCCAUGUUGUAGGACUUGAUACCAUCAUGGCAUCCGAUGCACAGGAGCUGAGAUUAUCAAUGUCUGGAAGGGUGUCUGGGAGCAAAGGUGCAGAGAGUGGGCUGGGGGAACGCGGCCUUCUCUUCCUGGUCUCAGUGCUCCUCCUGAGUGUCGCUGUUCUCCCAGCCACUACAUAUUCUCCUCAUCCCUGCCCAUCACUCCCCCUUGUCAUCCAUGGCCAGUUCCAGGCUGCCCACACUCACCAGAGCAGCUUCUCCCAUUUCUCCAGAAUGCCCCCUCAUCUCCUCACUCCUCAGCUUUGGGGCUGCUUUGUCCUAAAGCAUUUGAGGGAUUCCUCCUCACUCUGCAGUUCAAGUUAUUCCUUGUUCUCCUUGUUUAUUUCCGGAGUCCUUGGUUACCAAAGGUAUAUUUUCUAAGGGAAAACACAUGCAAAUCUGAAACACAUAAUGCUAAGAGACAUUUGUGUUCGUGUUGUGGUGGGGAAUUGUGGGUGUGGAGGAUGAGGGGGAUUGAUGGGCAGAGAUGAAGAGAAAACAUGUUGGGGGGAAGUAGGCUCUGGCCCCCCAGAGCCCCCCAGAGACCCUAGGUGGGGUAGCCCCCUGCUGAGCUGUGUCUUUAGGGUCAAGCCCAGCUUAGGGUGCCUUUCUGGAGCUCACAUAACUCCUCCUGGCUAAUAGUUUCCAUGGACGUGGGGGCGCUGAGGCUGGAUGGGCUCACCCCAUGCCCUGAGAGUGGCCGCUCCCCCUGUUAUGGCCCUUGUCCCCAGUGUCCUGUGAGUGGGGGUGUCGGCAGGCUGAUCCUGGAACUGGGGCUCAAUCGGGUCUUAGGUGGGGCUGUCACCAUACCCCCCUCUUUCUGGUCUCACCUUCUUGUUUGUGCUAUGCAGUCUCCUCCACCUGCUUCCAUCAGACCCUGUGCCUCCAGUCAUCAAACUUACGGGGUCAGGGCCUUUUUGGCAAUCCUGAUGGGUUAGGCCGAUAUCCCCAGCCCUGGGGAUGUCAAGGAAACUGCCCCUGAAAAGGGAGGGAAGUUAGAGAAUGGCCAAUGGACAAAGUAGAGAAGUCUUAGAUGACAGGGGUGUCAUUAAAGGGAAGGGAGAGGCCAGAGAGCAGCAUGGUUGAGGGUCAAAGGUGAUAAAGGGAAAGGGAAAUGUUCACUGAGGUGACUGAUAAGGAGGCGGGAAUAGAGGAGACAAGAUCCUGGGUGGGAGCAGCAGAGAUCCUGGAAAGGAGGCCUCUUUAAAGAGACCAGAUGAUGUUCCUUAAUUUUGGGUACCAAACCAAGCAGGGAAAUUCCCAUAAUGCCCAUUAUCAAAGGCUAGCAGGACAGAAUACUAAUAUUAUUCUGACCCCACGCCCGGAAAAGUGUCAAUGACAAAGUUUACCCAAUAAGCCAUCUGCCUGACCAGGAUGUUAAUCACAACUUCCAUGAGUAUAGCGUUUUAAGAACAUUUGGAAAGACUCAGGUUUUUUUGGGGGUUUGUUUUGUUUUGUUUUAAUCUCAGGCCACUCCCUUAAAGGUAGUGGAAAUAAAUUUGAAUAAACAAAACAUCUUUCUGAAAAUAAAACCAGGACUCCUAAACUGCUCUAGUCAGCCUGCUCCACAAGGCCCUGCCUCCUGUCAGCCAGUGCAGCACCUCCCUGGCAAGCAGUAGCCAACAUGUACCAGGUGAUUACAUUCUUGGCAAUGGUUGUGGGGACCCACACCAUCAGUUUGCGGCUGCAGAGGGACUGUACUCAUUGGCCCAGCUGCUGUCACGGCCAAAGCAAAGGACAUGACCCUAAGGAGGAAUGGCUGAAGUGGAACUCCGUGCUCGUGUCUCCGCCAGAGGCGGCCAGCCUCACCCACAACAGUGAAUCCUGCAGGGCCAGUGAAGACGGACCCCUCAGCAGCAGGUCCAUCUCCCCCUGGAGAUAUGUGUUGGACAGGGACUUGAACCGGCUCCCCCAGGACCUGUACCAAGCCCAUUGCCUGUGCAAGCACUGCGUCAGCCUACGGACGGGCUCCCACAUGGACCCCCUGGGCAACUCGGUGCAGCUCUACCACAACCAGACCGUCUUCUACCGGCAACCCUGCCCCGGACAGCAGGGGGCCCGCAAUGGCUACUGCCUGGAACCCAAGCUCUACCCUGUCUCCUUGGCUUGUGUGUGCGUGCGGCCUCAGAUGGUGGCCUAGUCGUGCCCGUACACGCCUGGUCCUGGUCAGAGCAGAGCUGAGCCACGACGCCCACAUGCUCAACCUUCCAGGGCACCACCGUGAGCAGCAGGAUCCUGGGGACAGGAAUGGGGACUUCGGGGAAUGGCACUUUGCACUUUUCGGAGUGGAUGGGAGAUGCAGGAGGAAGCGAAGGGCGCAGCAGGGCCCGUGGCACUGGCAGCAGGGUCCUGGCUUCUCCUCUGACCAUCUCUGGGGCCACCACGCCUGUCUAUUCGUUGUCUCCUGUCCCAGCCGCCCGGCCCGGCACAGGCACUUUCUUGAUAUUUUCCCCUUUGCCAGUGGAAAGCCCCGCAUUUCAUUACUCAUUUAUUCACUCAUUCACCAAAUACUAGGUGAGCCCUACUUUGCACACAUCCUGGCGUAGUUGCUAGUUUUUUGAUAUGGGUAAUGAGGAAAAAGCUGUUAAUGAACAUGGAGAGA